GACUGCUGGAUUCCACCCUUUUUCUGCUCACACUCUACACUCUGCAGGUCUGCUCUGAGACAUCCCCUUUAAACACUCGCUGAUCACUGACAAAUUCAGUUGCCGUGAAUCUUCCAGUGGCUCAGCAUUCUUGGGUUCCUUGUUGUCCAUUUUGCACUCUCUCCACGGGUAAACCGCAGCCAUGGACGAUGGAGAUGACCAAUAUAGUAUCUUUUUGGAUCUGUUUAACACCACAGAGACGACUGACCAAAGCUACGUGGUCAGUGAAACUGUCCAGCUCUGUGACAAGAAUAGUGUCAAUGAAUUUGGUGCAAAAUUCAUCCCAGUUUUCUACUAUGUCAAUUUCCUCUUGAGUUACCUUGGCAACGGGCUUGUCCUCGCCAUCAUCUACAAGUAUGAGAAGCUCAGCACAGUGACAAACAUCUUCCUCCUGAAUUUGGUCCUGUCCAAUAUCCUCUUUGCCGCCAGCCUCCCUUUCUGGGCCACGUACCAUCUGUCUGAGUGGAUGUUUGGAAAUGCCCUAUGUAAGAUGGUCAGCAGUGCCUACUUUAUUGGUUUCUACAGUUCCAUCCUCUUCCUUACACUUAUGACAUUUGACAGAUACCUAGCAGUGGUGCAUGCAGUGGCAGCUGCCAAGAGCAGGAAAAAGCUAUAUGCUAUCAUUGCAUCUGUGAUCGUUUGGUGCAUCAGUAUUGCAGCGAGUGUCAAAGAGCUUGUUCUUCGAAACGUCUGGAAGCAUGCUGUUAACGGACUGAUGUGCGAGGAGUCCGGAUUCUCAGAUGAUACGAUGAAGCGCUGGCAUCUUUUCAGUUACUACCAGCAAUUUCUGCUCUUCUUUCUUCUCCCCCUGUUCAUGGUGAUGUACUGCUACAUCAGCAUCACCAUACGCAUCAUGUCCACCCGCAUGAAAGAAAAGUGCCGUGCCAUAAAGCUCAUAUUUGUCAUCAUCUUCACAUUCUUCGCCUGCUGGACUCCAUAUAAUAUCGUCAUACUUCUUCGAGCAAUACAGAUCUCCAGUUCCACUGAAGAAUCGUGUUCUAGUGCAGAAAGCUUAGACUAUGCACUUUAUGUGACCCGAAACAUAGCCUAUUUGUAUUGUUGCAUUAGUCCUGUGUUUUACACCUUUCUAGGAAAGAAGUUCCAGAGCCACUUCAAAAGGCUGGUGGGUAAGAAGAUUCCUUGUUUGAAGAGACACAUUACCUUCAAUAGCCAGAGCACCAGGACAACGUCACAGCGGACACCACACUCUUUAUAUGAGUACUAAACACCCACAUGUUUGUUGGUCUAUUGUUGUAAGGUCUCUCACUGAUGCAUUCUUUAGGCCACCUGUCACCAAUGUAACUGGCAAAGGUCAGAGAUGAUUGCUACAAUCAUUUCCCCGCAGCACAUAUCUAACCAAAUCAGUCUGGCCCAGUGUUCGGUGUGUUGCGUUACAAAGUAAUCACAUUUAAUUUUUCAGUAAUGCAGUAAUGUAACAUUUUACUGUAGCAAAUUCAGUAAUUACAUUAGUUCCAAUUAUGUUGGUACUUACAAAGGUUCUUCAGUUAUCUAAGUAAGUACAAGUUUGUUUUUACACAUUUCACACACAGAUGUCACAAGAGACGUAUCUGUGCACCAAGCAGAUACAAAAACAAAAUCUAACAUUUUUUUUUUUUCUUCCUACUACUUGAACAACUGAUUUCAGUUCAUGUGCAAGUGGAGGAAAAUCCUGGAGCUUUUGGGAGAUGUGGACAUGACUUUUAUUUUUCUUGUAUAAUAGCAUGGUAGUACAGUGCAAACUGCAUCCAGGGCAGAAAAAACUCUUUAUACUGCUAACACAACUUUGGCUCAAUCAUCAGCUCUGACAGCAUGCUAAUGCAACGCUAGCUGAGAACCCAGAGUGAUUUUAAAGCUGAGUCUUUGCCAACCCAAGCUCAGCAGCCAGACCUUGAACUGCAACAGGUACCAAAAAGUGAUUAGCAGUCAAACUUCCAGUGUGCUGUGGCGACCGCUUUGAAGACUCUUUGGGCUGGUUUCAUCUUUGCUUUGUGUUGUCAGAUUUGUGUUCAUAUGUAAGUACUAGAAAGAAAUCAUAUGGGUAGCCUAAUAUGCAACGAAUUUUUCUCUUAUUAAACAUAAACAUUGUAGAAAUACUGUUAAAGUGUACUUUUAUUUGACACCCACAGACACUGAUACAAUUAUUAGGCUACUUAAAAAUAUAUUGCCUUGAAUUAUAAUGCAUGUGGAACUUUGAUAUUCUGAGUCUUUGUUUCACUUCACUCCACACGGCUCUCAACAGAUGAUCAAUUUUUGCAAAAAAAAAAAGUUUUCCCUAAUAAUAAAUAAUCUUUAGUUGACUUAAAAUACUCGUUGCGCCUCUCUGUCAGAUUAAGUUUUAAACCUGCUUCAUGUUUGUCACUUGUUUAAAUCAAGAGUGCCUAAUUGAAAUCAUCCAGUAAUGUUCUAUUUGGGUUAACAUGUAUUAGACUCACAUUCAAGAACAGCUAUGAAAUUAUUUUUGAUAUGCAUACUUCAUGUGUUAUGUUACAGACAUAUCUACCAUAGUUAUGCUAUAGAAUUAUGAUUAUGUGUUGCCAAAAUGAAAAAAAUGAUUGUCUGGUCAGUCAGAAAAAAAUUUCAGGCAGCAGAGCAGAGUGGGAUCAUAUAUUUAAGAAAGUGCGAGCUAACAGCUAUCUGUGUUUGCUGGAUAAAGUGAUGUUGGUAUUAAUCGUUUGUAGGUGUUAUGUGGAUGUAGCCAAAUAGCUGAAUGAAAAGACCAACCCAGUAAUGUGUUUUCUUACUCCCAGCACACAGGAUGCUACUGGAAACAUGUAUUAUUACCAGGCCAAUAUGUAGUUAUGUCAUAAACCCAUAUGUUAUUCACAAUACAGAAAACAUUGCACAUUUAAACUGAGACACUGGCCAUCAAAUUCAAAAUGAAUUAUUUGAUUUGACACAGCGUCCACCCUUUUUGGAACUGGGAUUGCAUUUCAACAGUUUAAAGCUACUGAAUGAUGACGUUUUGGCUACUUCUCCACCUACCGCAUAUUUCUGUAUUCUGCUUUAUGAUUUGAUGGUUUUUAUAUUGACUGUUCUUGUAUUGUAACAUAAUGUAUAUUUUUGUGAUGCAUCUAUAUCUUUUAAAUAAACUGUAUGGAUGAUUCAAACUGUU